AUGUUUGGAGUUCCGAACAUAAUCCAUUCUGACAAUGGAAAACAAUUUGUCGGAAAAGAGUUCCAAAAUCUUAUUACCAAAUAUGGAAUAAGACAUUUUAAAACCGCUUUUUAUAUACCGCAAUCGAACGCCCCGGAAAGGGUUAACCGCUCGUUGUUGGCUGCCAUCCGAUCAUACCUUAAAAAUGAUCAAAGAGAAUGGGAUACGCACCUUGGCGAUAUUGCGUGUGGGUUAAGGAGUGCAGUUCAUAGUGCUACUGGUGUAUCCCCAUAUUAUGCUUUAUUUGGCACUAAUAUGAUGAUGCACGGUAGUAGUUAUGAACUUGCGAAAAAGUUGAACGCGAUGGACGACAACGAGUUGUUAAUUCUUCCCCGACAAAGCCGAUUACAAUGCAUCCGAAAUCAAAUUCGUGAAAAUAUUUCAAAAGCAAAUGAGAAAUCGGCGAAAAUAUACAAUGUCCGAACGAAAAAUACAAGAUAUGUGCCUGGACAAGAAGUUUAUCGACGGAACUUCAUACUGAGUGAUUCCUCAAAAUAUUUGUCAUCGAAACUUUCGCCGAAAUACGUUAAAUGCCGAAUAAUUAAACAAAUUGGAAACAAUAUGUACGAAUUAGAAAAUCUAAAUGGCAAAAGAAUUGGAGUAUUUCAUGCAAAGGAUUUAAAACAAUGA